CUACUUCUGGUGCUCUACCCCCAAGAAUGAUCCCUGGCAGCCAGAGUACUGAUCAUCUGAUUCAGCUCGGGUGGAGUCUUGGUGAGAAUAUCCCCUCCUGGGCAUAGAGACUCGAUCACCCUCUGGCUCUCUGGGGUCAGAGCGUUGUAGAAAUUCCACACUAUGAAUGCAUCACUGAAACCGUGAUGGGGACACUGACAGAAGAAUAUCGAGUACCGCUCCCAAGCAUCACGUAGUGACUCAUCUGGAUCCUGGUGGAAAUGAGUGAUCUCCUGCUGAAUCCCCGUGGUCUUCGAGGCCGGAUAGUACCUUUGCACAAACUUGUCGGCCACAUGGACAGUGGGGGAUGAGUCUCUAACCACCUCUUCGCAUGCCCCACCAGAGAAUGGGGGACAAGGUGGAGGCGGAUCGCAUCAUCGGGUACACCAUUCAUUUUGAAUCCAUUUGUCAACUGUAGGAACCGGGAAAGGUGAACCCUCGCCUCUUCAUCCUUCAAGCCAUGGAACUGGAUAGAGGAUGUAAUCAGUUGAAUCUAGCAUGGGUUGAUCUCAAAGUUAUUUAUUGGGAUGGGCGGAUACAGGAUGAUGGGGCAGAUGUCGGCGACCCGUGGAGUGUAGUAGUACUCCAUAGUAGGACCCGGCGGGGAUGGUGGAUGCUGAGCCCCAUCUGCCUGGGGAAAUGGGUUGUUCCCCAGGAUCUGAUUCACCGAAGGAACCUGAAUGGGCAUCCCGAGGGGUUGAUUCUGCCCCAGGUUAAGGUUCCCCCUAUUGUUAUCGUAUUCCGCUUCGGAGUCGUUGCUCAGAUGGUCGUCGACGUGCACUUCCUCUGUAGCCAGUCUUGCUCACAGUUUUCUCCUUAGCUGGCGAAAGGUGCGUACUAGCUCCGGAUCAAACGGUAGUAAACCUCCCGACUGGCUACGGGUCCUGCACUACCUGCAAACAGCCAAGCAAGCAAACCCGUGAAGGCACAAGUCGGAAAAAACAAACAAUCAAUGCGGAAAAUAAAUGCUAAAAUAACAUAAAUCACGUUUCUUCAACAACCUAGCCGUCCCCGGCAACGGCGCCAAAAACUUGACACGCCUCUACCGUCACACUAGAAAGUGGCCAAGUGUAACCACCUACUAAUGCGUAGUAUAGCGGGUUUAGUUCUAAAUGUCAACCCGGGUCUUAGUUGUGAUGACUACUCCGUGAAAAUCUUAUUAUUUAGCGGUUCAAGUAUAGUGAAGGUCUAACUAAACUAGCAAGCAAAAGCAGUGAAAGUUGUGUUCAAAGUUGAGAAAGGUCACCCGGAUAUACUUCCCCCUAUAUUGCAGUUAAGCCAGGUUGUAAUUCACCAAGUUCAAGUUCAAUGAUAGUUAUACCGCGGGAGGUUCUUAAGCAGUCUGCAGUCUCGACUAAAGGUCUCCAGACCCUCUCAAUCUGAAUCCCCAGCGGGCGACUAACCUCCACCGGAGUAAACAGAUUGAGGCCCUAACGAACCAAACCUCCUUUACGGGAGUAAAUCCGGUACAUAAUAGUGAAUUGACUCCUCGACUAAAGUCGUCAAUUCACUACCUUUAAUCAAGGGUGCUCUAUCAACCUAGGCAGAUAUUCUCUUUCUAGGUCAAAGCAAAAAUAACAGGAAUUUGAUCAAGAUUCAUGUCAUUCAAGAAAUCAAACCUCAAUUGAAUAUAAUCAAUAUCAAUGAAUUCAUACUUGGGUUCAUACAAUCAGACCUAACAUACAAAUCUAGGUUUCUUCAUACCCAGGUGAGUGAGAGAGUUUACUCCAUAGAGAGAGAAGGGAAAUCUAGCUCAGAUGCGGAAACCAUGCUGUGAAGGGUGAGAUUCUACUUCUGGCAAUCGACACUUCUCCAAGCUUAAGCCAAGCUCCAAUGGUUAUGAAGAUUGAUCUAGGGCGCUUGGAGAUUCUGGUUCGUCACUCUCUCUCUAGGUAUCUGCUUUCUAUCUCUAAAACUCAGAACCCUUCAAAAAUUGGUCUUCUUUCCCUUAAAAAUCAGCAGUUCGCGAUCCCCGACCAUAAUACCCGGUCGGGUAUUUCAGCUUCCCGGCCGGGGAUUUCAAAACUCACAGCAACAGCUAGGGGGUUAAUACCCGAUCGAGGUCCAGAAUACCCGAUCGGGUAUUUUAGCUGUCCGGCCGGGACCCCUUCUGCCAUUUUGGCGUCCAAAGCACUUUUCCCUGACCUCUCUUUGCAUUUUACCCGGCCGGUUAUUUUAACUCUUGGCCGGGUAUUUUCCUCUUCCGACGCCCUUCACUCCAGUAUCCUCCUUUUUGACACAAAACUCGAUUCCUCGCCUUCACGUCAACGCCAAGUCCUGAAAUAUGACAUAAACACACAACCUAGCG